AUGCCGAUCGAUCUCAGAAAAGCUCUCAAGACAGACGAUCCCAAAUGGGACAAGCUCAAGCAGGGCUACAAGAAAGUCGAGACGGGUGCUUGGAACGCCCUCGAGCCCGUCGGACGGUGGACCAAUCGCACCGCCGGUAAAUUUGGCGCCGAAUCCUUCUGGCCCACCGACCUUGGCCUGGAGUGCGAUAAAGCGGCACGCAUUCUGCGCACCUUUACCACCAAGGGCGCUUCGGUCGAGGUCGAUGCCAACGACGCGGCAGGCAUCAGCGACCAGAAUGCCGUGAUCCCGCCUGCAGUUCCUAAAUUCGACGAGAAAGGCAAGAAGAUCAAAGACCCGCACAAGUACGACAGUCGCAAGACGCAAAAGGUGAUCCGUAGAAUCCCUCCCAAGGUGCUUCAGAAGGCACAUGGACUUGCGAUCUUUACCGUCUUCCGCACAGGCUUCGGUUUUUCGGGUGCUUCGGGAUCCGGUGUGGUGCUCUCGCGUCUACCAGAUGGAUCGUGGUCAUCACCUUCGGGCCUCUUGAUCCACACGAUUGGCUGGGGUUUCCUGAUCGGUCUCGACGUUUAUGACGUCGUUCUGGUGCUGCGAAACCAAAAGGCGGUGGAUGCAUUCAAACAUCCCAAAGUAAGUUUGGGAGGAGAGCUGUCGGUUGCCUUUGGCCCUGUCGGCAACGGCGCAAUGCUGGAAUCGGGCAUCGAAGCAGCACCGUGCUGGUCGUACGUAAAAAGCAAGGGCUUCUACGCAGGAAUGCAGCUGGACGGUACCAUAGUGCUCAAGCGUGACGAUGAGAAUGCAAGGUUCUACAAGUCGCCUGGCAUCAAGGUCGACAGCAUCCUUGCUGGUCAGUUGCCAGGACCUCCGCCUGCCACCGUCACUCCUCUAUGGCAGACCAUCUACGCUGCCGAGGGGAGACCGGAGCUGAUGGGCACCGAUCGCAUCCCCGAGGGCACGACGCCGGGCGACCUCGAGCUGACCGAGCAAGACAUGAUGGAUGCCAACGCUUAUGCUGAGCAGCAACAGCAGCAGCAGCAGCAAUCUGCCGGAGCAGCAAUCGCUCCGGUCGGGAGCCUGUCCAGCCGGAGAGUGCCACCACCUCCCGCAGCAGCAUCUGGCUCGAUCGCAUCCGGAGCUACCGCCCCAAGUGUGCAACAAGCGCACGCAGAUCUUCCACCUGACUACGAAUUCGCAAAUGCGCCUCUCAAUGCACAAGGGGGAAAGCAAUUCGGGGAUGCUCCUCCGAAUCCUUUUUCGCAUCCAUCGGAUGCCCCUGCCGGUGCUGCUCCGUACGAAAGCGCCGAGCAGGAAAAGGCAAGAUUGCAGCAGCAGUACGCUUCGAGACACGGAGAUGCAGCUCCUGUCCGUGCAUCCUCCUCCUUUCCUAGCCAUGUAGAAGCCCUGUACGACUUUGCUGGGCAAGAGCAGGACGAUCUGGCUUUCAAGAUCGGGGACGUCAUUCAGGUUACCGGGCAGGAAGACGAGAUGUGGUGGCGGGGUACGCUCAAUGGCCGCUCUGGCAUCUUCCCAAGCAACUACACUCGUGCACUCUAG